UUCUACACUUGAUAAGAGCUACAUCUUUCCCAUACUUCAUUUAUUUUUAAAAUUGUUUUAUAUUGAUUUCUAUUUAUGUCUAUAAAGUGUCAUCUUUUUCAUGUGAAAGGAUUAUGCAACUCAGAUCCUUGUACGUCCGUUUGUUCAGUGUGACCUUAUUUCCAGUGAGUUCCUGCGUGGUAUAUAUACUUUUUAUGGUGUUUUAGCAAGUUAUCAUUUGGGUGGAUUUGAUCUUAAGACACACCACAGACAUAUGUCCAUGACCAAUUGUCACUGACUUCAUGACCAAGAAAUUCAUAAUCAGAAGAAAGUCGUUGCACUUUGGAAAUAUACAUUGCAGUUUUUCACAAAUUUUUUAAAAUUCAUGAACAGUCUGUAGCAUAAUUAGUGGAAUCUGUUAAAAAAAAAAAGAAAAGCACAAUGGCUCUGAGUGGAAACUGCAGAACUUAUGCUCCACCUAGAGACCAGGGGACCAUCCUGCAAUCAUUUCCAGAGGUUGUUGAGUUAAAUGUUGGUGGGCAAGUUUACUUUACACGCCAUUCAACAUUGACCAGUAUACCCCAUUCUUUGUUAUGGAAAAUGUUCACCUCCAAAAGGGACUCUAUAAAUGACCUGGCUAAAGAUGCCAAAGGAAGAUUCUUUAUUGACCGAGAUGGGUUUCUCUUCCGUUAUGUGCUUGAUUUUCUCAGGGACAGGCAGGUGGUCUUGCCAGAUCACUUCCCGGAAAAAGGGAGAUUGAAAAGAGAAGCAGAAUACUUUUUACUCCCUGAACUCGUGAAGAUCUUAGCACCUGAUGAAGUAAAACAGAGCCCAGAUGACUACUGCCACAGCGACUUUGAGGAAAUCUCCCAAGGAAGUGAAACAAGAAUAUGUCCAUCAUCUUCUUUGAUGCCUUCAGACAGAAAAUGGGGCUUCAUCACUGUUGGUUAUAGAGGAUCUUGCACUAUGGGCCGAGAAAGUCAAACAGAUGCAAAGUUUCGGAGAGUUCCAAGAAUUCUUGUUUGUGGUCGUAUCUCUCUAGCCAAAGAGGUUUUUGGAGAAACACUAAAUGAAAGCAGAGAUCCAGAUCGAGCUCCAGAAAAAUACACAUCCAGGUUUUAUCUCAAAUUCAAGCAUCUAGAGAGAGCAUUUGACAUGUUGUCAGAGUGUGGAUUCCAUAUGGUUGCCUGCAACUCCUCAGUGACGGCUUCUUUCGUCAACCAGUAUACUGAUGACAAGAUCUGGUCCAGUUACACAGAAUACGUCUUUUACAGGGGACCUUCUAGAUGGUCAUCAACUCAUUGUGACUGCUGCUGUAAAAACCCAAAAGGGGACAAAGAGGGUGAAAGUGGAACAUCUUGCAAUGAACUCUCUACAUCCAGCUGUGACAGCCAAUCAGAAGCCAGCUCUCCGCAAGAGACAGUCAUCUGUGGUCCAGUGACACGCCAGCCCAACAUACAGACUCUAGAUCGACCAGCUAAGAAGGGACCAGUGCAGAUUCUGCAGCAGUCUGAAAUCCGACGGAAAAGUGACCUUUUACGAACUUUAACAGCUGGGUCUAGAGAGUCCAAUACUAGUAAAAAAAAAGUGAUAAAAGAAAAGCUGUCUAUUGAAGAAGAGUUAGAAAAGUGUAUUCAAGAUUUUAUGAAGAUAAAAAUACCAGAAAGAUUUCCUGAGAGGAAAUACUCCUGGCAAUCAGAUCUGCUACAAAAGUAUCAUCUAUAGAGAGGAGGGAGGGGGGGGGGGGUUAUUAUGAAUGACAAUUCUACGGUACAUGAGAUCCAUUCUUCAUUUGAUAGAUUGUCAUGUCCACUAAAACUAUUGCCUAUAUACAUAUAUCACCUAAACCUCAUUGCUGCUGGAUGGACCUGUUUCCUCUUCUACUAUCAUCAACUGGUUCCAACCAGCAACUUUGGCGUUAUCAUUACUAGUUACAGGGUAUUAUUUUAUUUUUCUCCGUGAAAGCACAAUGUAUUAUUUUUAUUGAUGUGUAAAAUGGUUUCUGCAAACUCUAACUGCAUAGGCAUAACAGAUGGAAAACAUGCUUAUGGGAUUGCCAUUUUUAUUUUAUUUAACUAUUUUUUAUUAUUAUUUUUUCAUGUAUCUUUUUUUUAUUUUAUUUUUUAAAUGUCAGUGUGUGUUUUUUUAUUUAUUUCUAAAAUGUUGAUGGAAGAGUGUCACUUCAAAAUGCAUGUUUCCUUGCUGGAGAAUGGAAGUCACAUGAGUAAAAUAGAAAAGAAAUAUAUCAUGAUGGUUUACAUUUAGUGAAUAUAUUACUGCAUAAAUUCUUGGUCUUGUUAUAUCCUUGUUACUCUGCACUUUCUUUCAAGUUGAACGGCUGCUUUUUGUGGUCAUAUAAUCUGUGGCUGCUUCAUUAUCUUUAUUUUUGUAGGAUGAGAUGUGUGGAUGGUGUUUAUCACAGAGAAAUACAGUAAAAGCUCUUCUCUUAUUUUAGUCUACAAACAUCCGUCAUCUAUGUGGACUUCAACUAGGGAAACA